UUUGUUUCAGGCGUCGCCUGGAAUUUCUCAUUCAACGUGAAGUUUUACCCUCCGGAGCCGGCGCUGCUGUCUGAAGACAUCACCAGAUAUUAUCUGUGUUUACAGCUGCGGGAUGAUAUCGUAUCGGGUCGUUUGCCGUGUUCGUUCGCCACACACACGGUUCUGGGUUCGUAUUCGGUUCAGUCGGAGCUGGGCGAUUAUGACCCGGACGAGUACGGCUCCGACUACGUCAGCGAGCUUCGUUUCGCGCCUCAUCAGACCAAAGAGAUGGAGGAGAAAAUCAUGGACCUGCACAAGAACUACAAGUGA